CUCUCUCUCUCUUCCUUUGAUUUUUGCCAGCUCCAUCUCUCUCUCUCUCUAAAACCGGUCUGCAACUUUCUCUCUCUCUAGAAAUCAGAAGUAGGAAGGAUGUCGUCGGAUGAAGAAGGAGGAGAGGAGUAUCUCUUCAAGAUUGUGAUAAUCGGAGACUCUGCCGUCGGGAAAUCGAACCUUCUCUCUCGGUACGCUCGUAACGAGUUCAACGCUCAUUCCAAAGCCACGAUCGGUGUUGAGUUCCAGACUCAGAACAUGGAAAUCGAAGGCAAAGAGGUCAAAGCUCAGAUUUGGGAUACUGCUGGUCAGGAACGCUUCCGUGCUGUCACUUCCGCUUAUUACCGCGGCGCCGUCGGAGCACUCGUCGUUUACGAUAUCAGCCGUCGCUCCACCUUUGAGAGUGUUGGCCGUUGGCUCGAUGAGCUCAAGGCACACUCGGAUACAACGGUGGCUAGGAUGCUGGUGGGAAACAAAUGCGACCUAGAAAGCAUAAGAGCGGUGAGCGUGGAAGAAGGCAAAGCUCUAGCAGAAACCGAAGGACUAUUCUUCAUGGAAACAUCGGCUCUCGAUUCAACCAACGUUAAAACAGCUUUCGAAAUGGUAAUCCGUGACAUCUACACAAACGUUAGCAGGAAACAGCUCAAUUCCGACACUUACAAAACGGAACUAAGUAUGAAGAACAGAGUAAGUCUCGUUAAAGACGAUAAUAAAGGCUCCUCACAAGGCUUUGGUUUCUCUUGCUGUUCUUCCUCGUGACCUUAUAAAGUUUUUUUUCCCUUUGAUUCAUUUUGGGUUCUUUCCUCUUUACAAAGUUUCACAAGAUUUGUCUUUUGUUUUUCUCCCAUAGCAAAAAAAAAAGGAAAGAAAGAAAGCAAAGAUUCAUGAAAUUGUAAUGUUUAUUUUAUGUGUGGAUCGUAUAGUAAACACUUUUAUACGAGACUUAAUUAUUGCA